GCAUGUGGAAAACCAAUUGCAAAAAACAGAAAUUAAACGCCGAGUCUUUCCUCAUAUAAUACCCUUGGUGAGUAUAUUACAGAUACGAACAUCCUUGCAGCCUGUUAUCGGCAGAAGUCGCAACAAUGAAGUACAUUAUGCGGCAUUCUGAGAGCCCUCAGCAGUUCUGUGGUGUUAGAGUGGCACCAACAACUCUGAAGAAGCUGAUCACUUCCUGCCUUGUGUGGAAAAGGUUGUGAAGCUCCAGACAUGGUUGACGAUAAUUGAGGAAACUUUCGAUGCAAUCAGCUAUGGAGUCGUGUGAGUUGGAUUUGGACAAAGUGUUUGAGGUCAGCCGCUUCGACUACAGUCAAUGGAUGGAGCGAUCAGCAGCUGACGAUGGAUCCGCUUCCUUCAACAUGCUUAUGUCCACCUACGACAUCUUUUAUCGGCAUCGAAAUGCCACUUCUGAAGACACAGGCUGCAUAGGGACGAUUUUUAGUGAUACAAGAUCGUUCAGUAGCGGCUAUGAUAAGAUCAAUAGUACAGCCAUCGUAGUUCCGAGAUUUUUGCAUCAUGUAUUCGACAAUGUCCAUGGCCAGAAUUACAAUACGGUAGACGCACACAGCCUGGCCGCACAAACUGCUAGAGUCACGUUGUAUGAUGACCGUGAAGAGGAGCUUGCUAAUGUUAUCGAAGAGGAGACAACUGUUAACGAAUCCCAUGAGAACAAUUGCGAAAAUGACGGGGAUAUGGCUGAUAACUACACAGUUGAAGGCGCCAGUGGGCAAACGAAGCCUAAGAGGAGAGGCGGACGUCGGCAUAAAAGUCACUUCAUGAAAAAACCAAUGGCUCUGUCGGAGGUUAUUUUAGAGCUGUUAGACAACGAAAGGCGCGAAAAUGCAUUACGGUGCUUAAGUGGACAUCUUAUCGAGAGGAGAGAGUCGGACGUUGGCUUCUACCGCAGUGCCGCUUAUCAGCUCUACUACUCCUGCAGCACUAUUGCAAUCCUGGUUCAGGAAGUAAUCACAGUCUACGGGAGAAUCUAUGCCGGCGACCUCACUGUGAGAGGAUCUAAGCGCCUCGCAAACGUCUUAACAUGUUUCCAGUGUAUAGCUUCCAGUGAGGAGACUCGUAUUCCAUUUGUGCGAGCAAGAAUUCCAAACCUCUUGUAUCCAUUUAUCCUCUCAGCGUUCACGGAGGAGGUGUACGAGAAUGUUCGAGCAAUAUCAUUAUCAGUCAUCCACCUGAUUUGCAAGGGCUGCGAACGAGAAGCAAUACAAUGGGCACUUGAAUCUGACACUGUUCCAGCCUGCCUCCACGUCAUCGAGAUUGGGAGUAAACUCUCCAAAGUGAUUGCAAUGUCCAUAUUGGAGUCGAUUCUUCAUGAUGAUCGGGCGCUUGAAGCUAUUUGCGGACUGGAAUGCAGCCUUGUUUUGGAUGUUUUGAAGAUGCUUGCAGAUCUGGUUGCUAUACUGGGAGUGGUUCAAGAUUUCUCGACUCGCCUCAUCUUCCAAGUAGUUCGCAGUUAUACUCUUCUCUGUCAACACCCAAGAGCUCUGGAGUUGGUACGAAAUCAGCUUCCUCGUCAACUGCAGGACCACACCUUUCAUGGACUCAAGAAGGUGUAUCCACUCUUCCGAAGUCUCCAACAUCAACUGCUGCUCUGCAUUGGGAAAGUCGACACAUGGAUGCCUCAAACAUCACCUGAUUCUGAAAAGUUAAGCACUCCAAGCACGGGCACCUCUGGGUAUGGCAAGGAAAGUCGAUCUUCAGAAAAUCGCCUGUGGAAGCAGAUUUUCACCCCAAGAUCCUCAUCUAGGAAACUGUCUCCUCAAUCACCAAAGUCGCAGGAUUUUGGAAGUCCUCUCCGGCCGCUGGACCUAAACAAAAGAGACUGGUAUGGUUUACCUUCCAACUUCGAGUAUGUUGAGCUGGCUUUCGGCGGGGACUAGUACUUGGCAUAUCCUAUUGCAAUGCACGUUAAGCUCACCAUUGUACUCUUCUGCUGCUUUAAUAAUUCCAUAUAAUGUGGACCUCUACAGAGACAACCCACAAUGAAUUGAACUGUAAUGAUGCCCUUGGUUAACAGAUGAUGGAUACACACAUUGCAUGAUAUAUUUAGACGAGUUUCCAGAAACUCUGCAUCCUCAUCAGCAAUUUUAAAUCCACAAGAACUGUUUCACCCAAUUAUAUAUUGCAAUUGUACUCUGUCACUGACUGCCCUAAUGACCGCAGCCAGUUGUAGGAAAUGAAA